GCGGCAGGUAUAAGUGAGGCACCACAAGUUUCAUUUCAUUCCGUAGCUGCCUUCUCCACGCCUCUUCCUCCUCCUCUUCCUAUUCCUACGUCUCUGCGUCCGACCUCCCCCCCCUUUUCUUCAAAGUUCCCAGCCUACAUGAUGCUGCUGGGCCAAUCCAGACCUGUAUCAGAUCAUACGCUUAUUAUCACAUCCGCCCAAUCGUCCGCUCGUCACUCCACCCGUCUGUCCGCUUCCACCUCGACUGGUGCACACAGACAGGCUGAUGCGAACUAUGCCCGAGAGUCUCUAGAAUGCUCGGCCCAGACGAGCCAAGCCCAUACAGACGACCCGACCCCUCACACCCCGCGCACCCCGCGCACCCCUUUACACUUUUGUCGUGCCCCUUUCACAGGCGUCGGUAGACAUGCCUUGCGUCUGGCAGCAGCCGGACUCGACCGCACUACCUCACAUGAAGUUGCCUCUCGGAGGCAGCUGAAGACCCCGGCCGCGCCAGUGUCAGUUGCCCCACUGGAUUCUUUGGGUCAUUCUCGGUUGGUCUUUGCUCGCCUCGAGUCCUCCUCUUCUGCCUCGGAGCCACGGAGCCUCGGAGCUGCAGAUCCUCGGGCAAAGUCAUUAAUGCUACAGCUCAGCCGGUCGGCCGGUGUCAUCUGCUCACCUCAUUGUCGCGUCUGCGACGGUUAUUCUAUCCGCGAGGCAGGCGCCCAAGUGAGGCGUGUGUCUGAGGCAGAGAGGCACGGACGGACGGACGGACGGACGGAGUGGAGCGUGUGUGUCGGACAGGCUGUGAGACUGGCGACUCACACGAGGCGUGGUUCGCAUGCACGCACACACACAUGCCUGCAUUGGUGCCGAUCCUGUCCGAGUCCGGGCGAAAAGUGCACGCUCGCG